UCUUGCCCGCGUACAGCCCACGUAUAGAAUCCACUCAUCCAGUUUAAUAUGAAAAUAACGUUUAAUUUGAUCCUUAAACGAACUUAAUUUAUUGAAUAACUUAUACGUCAAUCUCUAUUUCCGCGUCAACCAAACUGCAAAAAGCUGCUUACUUCUGUAUAUAUACAAAACACACAGAACUGUCAACAGCCUCAUUCAUUCAUCACCUGAAGAACCAAAGCAGCAAACAAAAAACACACAACAAUCAACAAGUGAAGUCAGAUCUUGAUAAAACAAAUCCAUGGGGGAAUCAAAGAAGAAAAGCAGAUCAGUAGCAACACAGAGAGCUCGGAGUAUUGUGAGAAUGGCUCUUCUAUGGGGAAGAAAAGGUGGAAUCUUCAAGAGAUGGCACAUGUUUGAGCUCCGUAACUUGUUCUCCAAGCAUCUCAAAGCGCUAGCUCAUCAUAACAGCGUUAACAACGACAGUUAUAUCUCUCGUUACGGCGAGAAACAGCUCUCUUUCGACGAGACGCCAAUCUUUAACGUUAAGAUGCAUCGUCCUGCAUCCAUGAGGUUCCUCUUACCUUGCAUUGCUCCUCCCGUUGAUUUUGACUACGACUUCGAAUUGGACCGUCAAAAUGAUACGGAUGAUGCUAGAUCAUACGGCUACUACGAUGAUUCUUGCCAUGAGAAAUGUGACCCUGCGGCUGAGGAUCAUCAAGAGGAGGAGGAAGAAGAGAAGGGUGUUGAUGUGAGAGCAGAUGAGUUCAUUGCUAACUUCUAUGAACAGAUGAAGUUGCAGAGGCAAAUCUCGUAUUUGCAAUACAAAGAACACAACGACCUUGUAUGAUGAUGGUCAAAAGCGUCUCAAGUGUUACUUCAAUUUUUUUGUUCGUUAUCAAUAUGUAACCCACAAUUUUACAAUCAAUCCUAUAAUAUAAUUUUGGCCUAUGAACAAAUAAAAAUGAUUUGUCGUUUGAUCUAGAAUGUGGAUAGAGAGACCUUUCCUAAACUUUUUCACAAAUUCUGAAAAGAGUGGCACAUAAAAUUACUGGGUUCACUCACUGUUACAUCGG